AUUUGUUCUACUCACACGACACUGCAAGGCCGCUGAUUCGACUUGACUCUAACAGCUUAGAAUAUUACAAAGUAAACCAUGCAAAAGCCUCCGUCGGGAGCGGCAACAUCUAAAUCGAAGCAGCCUUUUGAAGGGUUUCAAGCAAUGGAGCCGUUGAGGGAAGGUGAUGACGUGAACUUGAAUUCGGAAGCUGAAGACUUGAAAGGAAAAGAUAGCUUGGAUCAGACCAAGACGGGAGCAGAGACAAAGACAGCAGGAGCAACAGGAAAGCCGGCUGCUGGGGCAGCACGUCAGUCAAAAAUAGUGCCUAUCGGGAAAGCAGGCAAGGAAGUCAAUCAGACCAAAAGCAAGUCGGAGCGAUCAACAAAAAAGACCUUGAUCAUGUGCGCCGUUGCGAUCAUCCUAGUGAUCCUGUUGCUCACAUCCGCAGCUUCUCUAAUAGUCACAUUGCAUUGGUACGGAACAAUCGACUGGUUUCCGCCGUUGACAAAAGCACUUCAAGGAGAUUAAUACAACAUGAUAUCAUGCAGAACAUACGCAUUUCAUACAAUUCUUCCAGUUUACUCUCAAAAAUGCUACCUUCUUUCGAAAUUGUGGC